AUGUGUAGCUAUUUGAAUAUUGAGGUAAAAAAUCCUAUUGUGGAAGGUGACUUUGGGAUGAGUGAAACGGUGAAAAGUAAUUUGGAAAAUGGUUCGAGUCGGGUGAAGCGACCCAUGAAUGCUUUCAUGGUAUGGUCACAAACUCAGCGGCGCAAAAUGGCUCUACAAAACCCCAAAAUGCAUAAUUCGGAAAUUAGUAAACAAUUAGGGGUUACUUGGAAACUGCUAUCAGACAGCGAGAAGCGACCGUUCAUUGACGAAGCCAAAAGAUUGAGAGAUAAACAUAAGGCAGAGUAUCCGGAUUACAAAUACCAACCCCGUCGUAAAACAAAAUCAUUUCUGAAGAAUAUGUAUAAUCAUAAGGAUUAUCGUACAAAGGUGACAGAUUCAUUGACAAAAACACAGCACCUAAAAGAAGACUCAACUAUAAUUUAUGAAAAUACCAUGAAAUGUCCUGAAAGCUCCAGUUCCUACUGUGUCCAGGAAUUCAUGUAUCUGGACAAUUGGAUGAAUCUGUCGCCUGAACAAGAAAACACGGAAUUUUGGCAAGGUCUAUUUAUAAAUGAAACUGAAACAUGCAGAAGUUUGCCCAUGAUCAUUUUGUUUUUCUAA